AUGAUUCGUCGUUCUUCAUCUUCUAAAUUCUCAUCGUUGACCUCUCCGCAAGUGGAAAAUAAACGAGACAGUCAUCAAGAUGAAUUCUACGAUAAUUACUUUUCAUAUUACACCAACAAGAAGGAAAGCGAACAAAACAAAUACCGAAUAUUGAUGAGUUGUCUGUAUUGGUUUGGUUUUAGUUCGGAUAUUUAUUUUGGCUUUCUUACUUGGUCAUUUCUCAUCGAGUUCUUUUCAUUAUUAUUUCAAGGUUACGUUAAGCUUGAACUCGCAAGCGUUCCACCCAUCAUUCCACUUGUUUCUACCUUCUUCAUCCCGUGUACUAUAUUUGUAUUAAUUUCUAUUGCUUCAAAAUGUAAAUCUCUAAUCAUGAGCUACAGAGAGAACAAAGCAACAGCACAUUCUACUGCGUUGAGUUCAACUCCCAAGGUCUCUGCCACUCCCAAUACUGACAACACUCACAAACUUUCCACUGCGUUUGAUUUCUCAAAUGACAGCUAUCCAAGUAUUAAUAAUUUGGAUAAAAAAGUCACUCCUACCUUUCUUCCAAUUCCUGGCUCCAGGGAAUCCUCACAUGCUGGAUUUGGUGGAUCUUUUCAAGAUUACUAUUAUCAACAUCCUUCACCGUCUUCACAUAUAUUGGGAAGAAGCGAAUCAUUAAUGAGAGUACUUGAAGAAUCCGAUGACACUGUGAUUAGAGGACGAAGAUUGAGAAUGCAUCAUCAUCUUACCGCUGAUAAUAGCCCAGCUACUCCUUUAUUAAUUACUAGCUCUCAAAAACUUCCCCCUAUUGAAGAAAAAUUAUUUGAAUUUAACUUUGAAUAUUUGGAAGAAAAGAAACAGUCAUGGAGUGAGCGAUUAGACGUGGCAUUACAUAUUUGUAGACGACCCUUUUUUUAUUUAUGCAGUUGUGUUGGGCUUGUGACAAAUUUACCGGCAUUUAGUGGUCCAGAAAUACAGAACCGAGUCAUUUGCUUGGGAGUUUCCUUAAUAUUUCUAAUUGGACAUUUAACAUAUUGUAUUAGAGAUGCUCACAAAAAACAAUACGAAAGAGGAUUAUGGUCAUUUGUUAUUGGCUGGAUACUUAUUGUUAAUGUUAGGUUAGGCUAUUGUUCUCUAAAUCCACUAUUUAUUGGAGAGCGUACAUGGAAAAUAUCAUUAUUUUCCUUGGUAUUUUGCCUUGUGUUUGCUCUGGUGUCAUUGACUGAAGAAAUUAUUGUGUUUUUAUGGAGACGUUGGAUAUUACAACAAGAACAGGAAGAAUCAGAGGAGAACCAGGAUCAGGAACGAUAUGAAAUUGACGAGAAUGAACACGUGACAGAGGUGACUGAAAAAAGAAACUCUAGAUUUCAAAUUUUAUACUCUGCUCUAUCCCGAGGUGUUUCCUUUGGUUGUCUGCUCUUUGUCACUCACUGGCUUUUUACAUCUGGAACUACAUUAGUGAGAUGGAGUGGAUUUCCAGGAUUUCCCUACAAUUUAUCCAUAGUCGCUGCCUUAAACUUGGGAUUAAUUUUGGCCAAUUUGACCUUAAUUUUGAGAUCUAUCGUCGGCUUUGUUGUAAUGCUAAGCUUUGCUUUUAUGCUUUCUUACAUCCCAACCAAUGAUACUUCGUACUCUAUUCUUAUUUUGAUGGCUUCAAUUGUAGCUUCCCUUGUGUUACCUUCUAUUUGGAUUCAUGUGUUGAUUAGAAAACAUACAGGUUAUUCAUAUGCAGCAUCAAAUUUGUCUGCUGCUCUCUGCUGUGCUACUGGCCUGUUCAUUUAUAUUUUCCAAGUGAUACUUUUAGAGUUUUCUACACCAUCCAGCAAUCAAGAUUCAAGUGUGACAUGGAUGAAGUUUAUAAGGAAAGAAGCACACGCAUUAUUAAUUUUUAGUUGUGUCAUCAUUUCCACAUUUGGUAUUGGUUUGGGAAAUAUUAUUCGACGACCUGUCUUGGGAAGAAAACAAGAUCCUCUCUCUAGCAAUCCCCUUCAAAACCCAAACGAUGGUAUUGCUACCUCCUUUUUCAAAUGGUUCAUACGAGACGACGGUAACAAGAAAUCACGCCAAUCUCCUUUCAUGCACAUUGACAAACGAAUACUGGCCGUCGUCGUUAUUGUGUGUUGUUUGACACUAUUUCCAAGCGUAGGAUAUAGAUUAUUUUACGCCAAAGUUCCAAUCAAUCAAUCCAAAGACGACAUAACAUUAAUGACUUUUAACGUUCACAAUGGUUACGACUUGUACGGAAGAAAUAAUUUUAAGCGAGUGUUAGACAUUCUAAAACAAGGUAGAGCUACUGUCAUUGGACUUCAACAAAGUGAUACGAAUAGAAUCUCUGCUUCAAACAAUGAUCUUUUAGAAUAUUUGAGCUUUUAUUUGAAUAUGUAUGAAUAUUAUGGACCUUCUUUGCGCGAAGGAUCGUUUGGCUGCAGCAUAUUAUCUGCAUACCCAUUGGAAGAUCGUGCUUUUUAUUUACUACCCAGUAAUGACUCGGAGCAAGCAGUCAUGGUCAAAGCUUACAUAAGAGCAACAGAUUUCGAUGGUGUUGAAGAAAGUGGUGGUCUUCCUACGAAUACUUCCUUGACAGAUUUUUACUUUUUCAGUAGCAGCUUUUCAAUGAGAAAUAGGCAUGAACAGUUUGAACAAGCUCAAUAUGUAUCACGUAUCCUGAAAUCUGUUUGGUCAAAUAAUGGGAUUCACGAUCGAACCUUUGAAACAUUUUUCCUUGUUGGAGAUUUGAAUUUAGCAACAAGUGACAAGUUUUUCAAUGAGAGCCAUUUAACACAAGUCAUUAGUAAUCCAAUUGUUCAAACGAAUGCAAGUUCCAAUUUCACAACUGUGGAUUACAUCUCCAUGUCCGUACGAGAAAAUAACCACGCACGAUACGUGAUUAUGAAUUCAACAAUACUCCCAAUCGAUCAAGCUAUUUCGUAUCAUUCACCACUUGUGUCUUGGUUUAAAGCAAUUGAAAAACCAAAAAGAAAGAAAAUAUUUUGA